UGGACACACCUUGUUCAAUUGUCCCCUCCCUCACCCUCAGAAACUCUUUGUGACAGUGCUCUGUGAUGUAAGCCUGGGGAGGAUAUAUAUUCAGCGUGUGCACAGUAUAGGCUGUCUUGUGAUUCAGACAAUGGAGUUCAAACACUGGAAUGUUCUCUCAUUUCUGAAUAGUGAUACUAAACCAUGUCUGAGCUUUGGCUCAACAUGCUUAGGGAGUGAUCCCAACUUCACCUUUCUGUGUGGGUUGGGAUUGCUCCUUCUGUUCCUGUGCUACCUGGUGGUGAUUCUAUCAACUUGGAAAUCCAAAACCACCCAAAAGCGUCAGGGCAGAGCCAAGAGGAGGAGGAAAGGUGGGACUCUGGAAGACAACAGAUGCCACCGAAGAGAAGUGGAGGAGACCCGGAAGCCGAUCUUUGUUUUAAGAAGCCCCCUCGGCCGGCAUCAUGAUACCAUCCACUUCCAUCAACUGUUAUGUCCAGACCCCUCCUGUGAGAUGUGUAAUAGCACAACUGCUGAGAUCAAUCAGCUGCUGUUCUUACAGGCCCUGGAAGAUUCCACUCCCUUGGCUUCUACAGCUCCUGUGACUUCAUCGUUCACUCUCUCGCCUGACAUCUCAGCAGUCCCUCCAGGAGACCUAAUACCAGAUUCUCUACCUAAGCCUUCCCCACCACCUGCCUCCAUCAUCUCACCUAACCCAGUGAUCCCUGUGGCACACUUUUUUCCACCCUCACCACCGGGUGAUUCCUUGCCACCAGAUCCCUUUUCUCCCUUGCAUUCCAAAUUCCCAAUGGACCAUUUCCCACCCUAGCCCCCUGCCUGUCCUCCUGUCCCAUCGCAUCAUGCCCAUUCAGUGGACCGUAGUAUCCAAACAGAGACAGUGUCUCUAAAUACCUCUUCUCUCUGGACCCUACUUUCCCAAGAUGUCAGCCCCUUACUGGAGUUGUCCCAGACGGUGAAUCCCACUGAGACCUUUGCUCGUCAUCACGCACCACCAACACGGUCUGCUUCACCACGGCCAGACUGCAAUUUAACUGUGACUCGAUCUAAACCGAUUUCCAUCUCAAGGAAGCCUGUUCCAGAGAGCUCACCCCCAGAGAGCUCUGGUGGGUUGUCUACUUAUCUCCCAACAAUCACAGGCAUUGACCCCUCCAGCUUGUCAAUUUUAGACCUCCCUCAGUGGCAAACUCAUGCCAAAGACUUCUUCCCGUCAACCCUGGCUCCACGUGAUUUCCAUCAAGAGUUUCUGGCCCUCCAUUCUUCAGAGGCUUCUUCCAGGGGAGACCCUGCAACCAACCUUGUAGAGCCUGGGAACCUCUCACUUCUCAGCCCUGAUGCCCUGGCACUUCUAGAGAAACAAGUCCAGAAGAGGUGUUACUUCCUCAGGAGGAAGGAAACAAAGGGUUCUUUUCCAAAACAAACAAUUGUUGGUACGCAUGAUUUGGCAUCCUCCCUCCCUUUCUGGAGCAGCAAAGACCAAUCAAAGGAGCUGCCGAUGCAGCAGCAGCGCCCAUACCCGGCAACCUUGGAGGAGGGCCAUUUACAGCAAACCCCCAUCCAGCUCUUCUGGGGUCUCCAAAACUCUGCAUAGGGAGUCACUCUUCCCUGCUGCCGAUGCCUCAGAUAAAAUGUCAAGUGCCUCCACAGAGCAGGAAUCCCCAGUAGUUCCCCAUCCCCUUCCUCCAUCCUUGCCUGAGAACCCGCCUCAACUCCUGCUUCAAACCCAGCCCCAACCCAUCCCUCAUGUCCAGCCCCAGACCCACCUUCAAUCCCCACUCCCAAUCCUGCCAUUUGGUCCUCUACCCGACAUCAAGAUCUGUGGCGUGUGUCUUCACAGACCUCGGAAAGAAUAUGA